AUGGUUGUCCCAGAGCAGCCAAACUCUCAAGAGCCCCACCGAGGGCUCCCCACACCGAGCAUCGUCCGCAGGCCACCGGCCCGGCUCUGGCUCCAGCCUCGGCCAGAGCGAGCGGAGCCCGGAGCAACCGGCGGGGCCGCGGCACGGGGACGGGACAGGCGGCCGGAGCCGAGAGAGCACAGGUACCGAGACAGGCCGGGGCUCCCGGGCGGGGGGCGGCGGGUCUGGGACACCUCCGGGCCCUCCCGGGAAGGCACCAGUGCGCGGUGGCUGCUCGGGGACUGUGGGGGCGGCGGUUCCCCACGCGGUGCCCGGGCCUGGCUGACCCUUUGCUCCUCGUCUCUGUGCCCAGGAGCAGGCGGGAGGCCGUCGGGAGCGGUGCCGGAUGAGGGUCCCGAGUGCCCGGGCCCCGAGGAGCCGUGCGGCCGCGGCGGGCGGCGGCUGCGCACGGCGUUCAGCGCGGAGCAGAUCAGCACCCUGGAGAGCUCCUUCCAGCGGCAGCAGUACCUGGGCGCCGCCGAGCGCCGGCAGCUGGCGAGCAGGAUGCGCCUCUCCGAGGUGCAGAUCAAGACCUGGUUUCAGAACCGCCGGAUGAAGCUCAAGCGGCAGCUGCAGGAGCUGAGGACGGAGCCCUUCUGCAGCCCCUCUCUCCCUUACGGACCUCAGGGCGCCGUGGUGCCCCUGCCGCUCACAUACGUGGCCCGGCCACCACCUCUGCCCCGGCAAGGAGCCCCCUCUGAGAGCUUCCCUUUGGCGGCCCUGCCCGCACCGGCCCUGGACCUCAGCAGCGCCUGCAGAGCACAGCCUGUUGGCUUCUGGGCAGCACCCUGCUUCGUGGGGUACCGGGACCCCAGGGCCUUCCUGCUGGGUGUCUGACCCUCUGAUACCAACUAGGACUAAAGAGGAUUUGCACUACUGACAGAUACCUGGGUUGCCCUCGUCCGUAACUGGUUGGUGGAGUUAUGAUGCAGCACCGAUCUAAACAUUUGCAAAGACAUGCUGGACAAUCUGAAUCAUGGACUUCAUGCCCUUGCAUUUAUAGGCAACUGUAAAAUGUAAAAUAGAAACGGGGUGGGACAAACAAUA